AUGAUGUCUAUCAGGAGACCAAAAGGCUGUUGCUGCGUGUCACACUUCAAUGAGGACAAUGGAAGGUUCAUCCUCUUAGCAGUGCUCAUUGUGGCAUACCUGACCGCUGGAGCCACUAUCUUCUCAGCCAUCGAGAGCCCAUCUGAAGCUGAAGCACAGCAUCGUUGGAACUGGACCCUGCAGAACUUCAGCCAGAUCUUCAACAUUAGCCUCCCUGAACUAAGGGCCUUCCUGAGAAGUUAUGAGGCAGCUAUGGCAGCAGGCAUCAGAGCAGAUGCACUUCGACCAAGAUGGGACUUCACAGGAGCUUUCUAUUUUGUCGGCACAGUCGUGUCAACCAUAGGUUUUGGGAUGUCCACCCCUGCGACAGUAGCCGGCAAAGUUUUCCUGAUUGUUUACGGCCUCUUCGGGUGUGCAGGGACCAUCCUCUUCUUCAACCUUUUCCUGGAGCGUAUCAUCUCCCUUCUGGCUUUGGUCAUGAAGGCUUGCCAUGAGAGGCAGCUGCGAAGAAGCGGCCUUCUACCUCCAACGUGCCGAAGGGGCUCAGCCAUGUCCGACGUUGACAGCCUGGUUGGGUGGAAACCAUCGGUCUAUCACGUGAUGCUAAUUCUGGGAAUCUUUGCCAUUACUCUUUCUUGCUGUGCCUCAGCCAUGUACACAGCUGUGGAAGGGUGGAAUUACAUUGACUCCUUGUACUACUGUUUUGUCACCUUUAGCACCAUCGGAUUUGGCGAUCUGGUGAGCAGUCAGAAUGCCGUCUACCAAAAUCAGGGAUUAUACAGAUUUGGGAACUUCAUGUUUAUAUUAAUGGGGGUAUGCUGCAUAUACUCUCUUUUUAAUGUCAUCUCCAUUGUAAUCAAGCAGGUUUUAAACUGGAUGCUAAGAAAGUUCCAAUGCAGAUGUUGCCCAGAUUGCAAUAAGCCAACUGCUCGCCUCGGGCGACGCAAUGCCAUCACGCCAGGAUCUCGCUUCCGCCGGCACAACUUCUCUGCAGAAACAGAAGGACAGUAUGAUAGUGAUACAGACGGGAGAAGGCUCUCGGGUGAAAUGAUCUCCAUGAGGGACCUCACUGCCUCCAACAAAGUCUCACUGGCCCUUCUGCAGAAACAGUUGUCUGAGACAGCCAAUGGCUACCCGCGGAACGCCUGCAUCAACACAAGGCAAAAUGGCUUUUCAGGAGGAGUUGGUGCUCUAGCCAUCAUGAACAACAGACUGGCAGAGACAAGUGCUUCUAGGUAG